AUGGCAGAAAGAGAAGAAGUAGCACUGGACGACGGUAGCGAUGAUGAAAAAGAGAACGAAAACUACGAUGAAUUAGAAACAGUUCGUGUUAAAUUCAAUGUCGAAAAGUGUGAAGGUCGAUCAUUGUAUGAAUAUUUACCAAAGUUUUUGAAUUCGUUGACACAAGCCGAAUUAGAAGAACGCCCAAUGUCGAUUAAAGAAUUUCAAAAAUAUAUCAAUCGUACACAUUUAGAACAAACAAUGCAAAUUGGUUUGAGAAGAAUGGGUUUAAAGGAAGAUCGUCUAUUCACCGUCGAUGAUUUUCAGUUUGGUUUUCCAUUAGGAAAGGGUGCUUUCGGGACGGUUUAUUUAGCUCGUUUAAAAAAGACACAUUUCAUAUGUGCACUCAAAAUGCUUCAUAAAAGUAAAGUGAACGAAUAUUCAAUGGCUGAACAAGUGAAAGUUGAAACAGAGUCUGGUUAUAAAUUACAUCAUCCACUCAUUCUGACAAUGUAUGAUGUAUUUCAUGACGACAAACGUUUUUAUUUCGUUUUGGAAUAUGCUCCCAACGGUCAAUUGUACAGAUUUUUGCAAAAAUUAGGACGAUUUUCAGAUCGUUUAGCUGCUACGUACAUUUAUCAAGUUUGUCAUGCACUUGCCUAUUGUCAUAGUAAAGGGGUGAUACAUCGUGAUUUGAAACCGGAAAAUAUUCUUUUGGAUUGUUGUGGAAAUUUAAAAUUAGCCGAUUUUGGUUGGUCAGCAAAAAUUCGAGCACAAGAACUGAAUAGUACAGCAUGUGGCACAUUAGAUUAUUUGGCGCCAGAAAUAGUUUCUCAUAAUAAAUAUCAAUAUAAUAUUGAUAAUUGGUGUGUAGGUGUUUUAACGUAUGAAUUAUUAUGUGGUCGUGCACCAUUUGAAGGUUCAGACGAAGAAACAAAGAAGAAAAUAUCUACCGUCGAUUACAAAUGUCCAAAAGAUUAUGUAACAACACAUGCCGAACAUUUUAUUAAUAAUUUAUUACAAAAGGAUCCUAAUAUGCGUAUGUCAUUAACUGCUUGUAUUGAGCAUAAAUGGUUACGUUUAAAUGCGUACAAAUAUCUAUUUGGUCCCUACAAAUGUCCGGUUUACAUUACAAUGGAAUAA